AUGGCACAACUUGCUAACUUAAAUUUUGUGUCAAAUUUAUUUGUUGAUAAUGUGCAGGUAUGGAAUAGAGAUCUCAUUGAGUUGGUUUUCUGGCCCCCCACAGCCAAGGAGAUCAUGUCAAUCCCUCUACCAUUGCGUCCAUUACCGGAUGUCCUUUUUUGGCCCUUGACAACCGAUGGGACCUACACCACCAAAACUGGUUAUGAUUUUGUGCGGCAGCAUCGAUCCCAGAAUGCGGCAUCCCCUUCCUCACAUUCUGAUGCAAGAGGACGUGGCCAACACAAACGCUUCUGGCGAUCUCUGUGGAAGGCUCAGGUUCUACCACGCGUGAAGGAGGUGGCUUGGCGGGCAACGCUUGAUAUCUUACCCGUGCGUCAAGCCUUGAGAAAGCGAGGAUUGGAGCUUGACGAGGGCUGUCCUUUUUGCUUGGGGUCAGAGGAGACAAUAGUUCAUGUGCUGUUCCAAUGUCCCGUGGUGCUUCGGUGGUGGUUUGCUUCGCCUUUGAGCCUGAGAUUCCGGGAAGGAGACGAGCCCGCAAGUUAUUUUCAACAGUUAUUUGAGACCGAUGACCCAGAGGUAAUUAACUAUGGCCUGACUUUGAUAUAUGCAAUCUGGGAGCAGAGGAAUAAUCUUGUGCAUCAUGGGGUCCAAGCAAGCUUUGAGGCUUUGCUGCAUCGUGUUCCAGCGCUGGAGUGUGCGGGCAGCAGCGAUCAUGCAGAGUCCAGUCCAACUCGUGUAGAGGAGCUCAGGAUAACUUGGCGCAGACCGGUUGGAAACACCAUCAAGCUCAACUUUGAUGCCUCGUGGACAGCAGCUAGUGAAGCUGGGUUUGGUAUGAUAGCUAGGAACCACAAUGGUGAGGUGAUGGCGGCAGCUGCUCUUGGUUUUAUGAGUGCACCUUCUGCUCUUAUGGCUGAAGCAUUAGCAUUCCGUUGGUGCGUAUCUUUGGCUAAGGACCUUGGUUUCUUCCGGGUGGUUUUAGAGACGGAUUGUCUUCAACUUUUUGAGGCUUGGAAGAAGAAUAGGCCGGGGGAUUCUUAUUUAUUUUCUCUCUUGAAUGAUUGUCGAGACAUGGUCUCUUUAUUUACUAGUUUUGAGCUUUCUUUUGUUCGUCGUUCCGGUAACAGUGUGGCUGAUUUCUUGGCUAAGAACUCCUCAAAAUUUUCCAACGUUGUUUGGAUUGAGGAGGUUCCCCAGGAAUUGGACCUUUUGGUGACUUCGGAUGUUUUAGCCUCUAUGGCGCUUUGA